GCAUCAGAUAUAGAGGUUUGCUCAUUUCGAAGUGAGCCCUAAAACGUUUUACAUGGCUUUGCAUGCUCGGGUUUUCUAACACCUAUAGUUCGACUGACGUCAAUGCAAUCCGGACUUCCAUUGCCUCCGUUUGGGUCGUAAGCAGAAAGUCCAUGGAAAUAUUGCAGGAAGAGGUGCAAAAUCUGGAAGAUCUAGAACGCUUUUUGUGCGGGUUAUUGCGUGUAGCUGCGCUAUAGAAGUCCACAUCACAAUAAAAAGCAUUGGAAAUUAGCAUAAUAGGUCCUCUUUAAAAAAAAAAUCUCUUAUAAUUUAAAUCACGAUUCAUUUGUAUCAUUUUUGUGCGUUAGUCCUAAAGAAAUCACAGCCUUUUAAUAAUUAUUAUUACACUCCUCGUAGUCUUGUUCUACUUAAAAUACACUUGCAAUGGUCUUUCGGCCAUCAUUUUAAUAGAAAUAAAUAGAAUAUUCACAACAUUGUUUAUUCAUGCUCGUAAUAAUAAAGACAAAUCAAUUGAUGUGAUCACUCCUGCAAGCUAGCGGGUAGUAAAGUGAAGUGAAGGGUAGUAAAGUGUAGUCCAUUAUGCCUAUAGUUCACUUUUUCGCAAUGCAGCUUAAGUCAAGUUCUUUACAAAAUUGUCAAUACUUAGAAAUGUGAUUGCAUGUUAUUGUGAAUUACAUUUUGUAAUAUGCAUGUUGUGGCUGAUGCCAUUUAAAAAGGAGGGACAUCGAGAAGGUCCUCAAACAAGCGUUAUUUAUCUUAGUAGGUUAGUAGAGGACAUAAAGCCUCCCUGGAUGAAAGCCAUGGGGUGGGUGCUCGGCAAGCUUUGAUUACCGUGCUUAGCCAUGGGAGUGGACGUUGUGUGCUCGCAUGAAAAAAAAAGCUGCUUAAACUAAGACAACAUUUGGAAAGCUCGCCACACCAUGCGAAAUACAAUCGAGACCCAGGUUACAAGAGGUGCGUAACAGACGCCUUUUGGCCUCGCAUUGCAUUGCAUUGCAUCCACGGCUUCGUAACAGGUUAUGUAACGUUGCCGUGGCUCUCACCCGGAUGCUAGCAGGCUAAAAGCAGGUGUCCGCCCGGGCCCACCUGGAAAAGUUGGUAAAGGGAUUGCACGGUCUAAGCCGAGGUGAUGCUAACAGGAGGCUAGCUGGUAAAAAAAAAAUACGUCGCGCGGUGCUGUCAAUGAGCAGGCCUUAAGACGACAGCGACCCCAUCAACAACAAAGGGUUGGACGGAUCCUUAGCGAGUCGCUGUAGCUCGCGUGUAUUCGAGGCUGUUCAAGCACAAACUGUGCACCACGAAGACUACAUUGUGGCUGAAAUCAGUCAAACACAACACCACGGCGAUGUGUGUGGCGAACAAAUCCGAGUGUGUGUUAGCACGAUGCUAACAGCAUGGCAGCAUCACCCAGACAGGUCAACAAAACAAGCCAGCCUUACGACAAUAUAACACGAAACUCACAACUCGGCUAUUCUAUGGCUUCCGCGUUACCUGGCAUGGUGCUCUCUGUGUCCUGUUGACAGCGUAACGUGACAAAAAACUUUGUUCUCUCGCCAAGCGAAGUGUGUCUUGCUGCCGUUGGGGAUUCAGUGCAGCAAUGCAAUGGUGCGCCAGGGAGCUAAAUCUUGUUAGCCACCUUGCUAACCCGUACAGAACUAGCCCGGUCACGUGACCCGAGUUACGUUUAAGCACUACGUAAAUGUGCAUUCUGUUUGGCAAUUGUGGUUGUUUUGCGUCAUUGGUGUCGUCCUGGACAGGUUUGAUGGCAGUUAUUAUUAUGUGUUCAUUAAUAUUAAUUAAUUCCAAACACAUAUAAUUAAUUAUACAUUAGAAUCAUGCCCUGGUGUCAGCAUUACAAAACAGGUAAAAAAAACAUGCUGAAAAUAACUGGACUUAAGGGGUAUGUGAACAAUCAUAUCGCCCUCCAUUUUCCUUAUGUUGUGUUUUAAUUUCAUUUUGGAACUUUUGCUUUUCGCGUUUGGGACGUUGCAAGGUCAGUGUAACGUUUGGCAAUUAAAUUAUCAUGAAUGGGAAUUUUAAGCAAAUUUUUUUGGAAUACAGAAAAUUGUCAUGAAAUACAAAUCGUUCUUUUUCAGUGUUAAAAAGCAAGUACUAUAUCCAAAAUACAGUUUCAUUUGUGUCAUAUACUUCACAUAACAAAAAAAGUCAAUAAAGAAGGAAAAGGGGAAGGAAAAAACAGACGUACUGCGACCUUGGGCAACACUUUCUGUAUCCGGUAAAAGUCCAGUCUUCAAAAUAAAAGCACGUCAUCACAAUAUUACAGCACACUCGUAUUGCUGUGAGGCGAAAACGUAUUUGAAGCCAUAUACUCAGAAAUGAUUUAAGAGAAAGCAUAACGAGACUUUACAGCUGCAGAAAUCUCUCACCAUGAUUACAGUAUCUGCUUUUUCCGAUUCGAGAUACAGCACCCCCCCCAGGCCAGUCCGCGGUCUUACAUUUAAAUCAUAACUUCCGCCGUCCGAAUAUAAAAAAUAAAACAUCUGUUUAUGGUCAGUUGUUUUCAUUUCGAUUGACUGUUUAUUUUUUCUUAUUUGAAAUAUACAUAAAAAACCAACAGCUUAUUUGGGGUGUAUUUGUUGCUUUUUGACGCAUAAAGAAGAACAAUUUGUAUUUCACAAUGCAAUUGAAAUGAACCAGUCGUUUUUGUUUAUUUCCACAUUAAUGAAAAGAAAAUUAAAUGACCAAAAGUUACACAGGCCUUAACAUUGAUGUGUUUUGCGAGUCAGUGAUCCUCACGUUUCUCUUAUUAGCUAACCGGCAUUGUUAUGUGACGCACGUCUAACCUUGUGCUGUAUAUGCCCUUAUAUUGAACAUUUUAAUGUAUGUGACGUUACGAUAAGUGUUCUCUUAGAAAUCACCCUUUCAUUUACUGGUUGACUACUACUGUCAACUACUACAGUGUAACGUCAUGGCAAGUCAAAAUCCCCAGGCACUUGGAACGCAGCAUUACUCACACCAAAAACAAAUGCUUGCGUGGCUUCACGAACCAUGGGCAUUUGUGUCAACUCCCCGCUAGCCAGCUGCGACAAUACAUUACAGUUGACUCUAAUGUCAUGUCAAAUAAUGUGAUGCUGAGCAAGAUCGCCAAAUUGCAGUGACUUGACAAGAGAAAAAAACACUUGAAGGUACCACAUGUUGCAGAAGUGUCAGUUUGCGUCACCAUUUUCUUUUAGUCUCAAAGCUGACUCUUAACAUGCAGUCAAAACACACUCACCAAACUACUUCAGCUGUAAACAAGAAGCGAGUCAGUUGGAGAACACGAUCUUCGCUGGUCCUGAAUGUCAACGCUGUGUGAAAUUCCCGAUCUUUAUUUUUUUUUUGCCAGAACUUGCUUUCAUUGACAGUUUGUUGGCGCUAAAACGGACAAAACCACCGCAACGUUGAAGGAUAAAAUAGCGUUGUGCUAUGCCGCGUUUGUCCAGCUGGAACCUUCGACUAUUGGUUGAAGACCACGUCAAUCACAUCGUUGGCGCGGUACGAUUGGCUAGUAAUGCUACACGUACUGCAAGUCGGUAAACAAACAAAAUAUACCGCAUGUUCUUAUUGUCCCCCUUUUAGUCAAUGUGGCUAGUUAAUAUUUUACUAAGAUAAUGUUUUCUUGACCCACUUUAGUAUACAGAUGGUAACUUUUGAGAUGCCUUACAUUUACAUCGUAAUGCAUAGUUAAAUGCGGUAUCUUAAUUUAAAAGUUCCAUAUUUGUUUUUUAAUAACUCUUUGGAGGUAACGAAGCAAAUCCAGCACAGAGAUCAGCUUGUGAGUACAGACAGAUAAAAACAUACAGAUAAAUACAUACAGUACAGGGGAAACAUCUGCCUUUAAUGAGAGCAUGCAGUACCGUCUAUCUGCAGUGGAGGGCGACUAUACCAUACCAGUUAUACAAAAGAAAAAUGGAAUAAUUAACUUUGGUUAAAAUAGUCUUCAAAUUGUUUUCAAAUACUGCUUGUCACACUAAUGUAAAUAUUGUAUUGACUAAAACAUUUGUUCUUUACCAUUUAUUUGUGUAUGAAGUACAUGCACUGUAACAUAAUUUUAGAUUUGUCAUUGAAAUUUAUCAUUAAAUGUAUUAUCAAUAUAUCUGUGUAUGAUUCUUCUCAGCUUAGUCUUCCAAGACCUGUCUGCCAUCAGCAGAAACAUUUAUUACAGUAUACACAAUGUCUACAGCCUGUGUAAUGUCUUUAAUGUAAAUAUGACAUCCUUAUUAUUUGUAAUCAUGUAUAAUAACUGCUGUCUCCAUAUAGAGGAAAAGGCAGCUGGGAUAGGUCCCAGCAGGCCCGCGACCUUAGUGAGGAUAAGCAGUAUAGAAAAUGGAUGGAUGGAAAAGAAAGAGGUAGAGAGGUCACAAAAGACCCCACAACAGCGUCCAAUGAACUGCAGGCCUGACAUGCUUCAGUUAAGGUCAUUGUUCACUCGGCAAAAUGGGCUGCAUGGCAGAAAUUCCAAGAAGAAAAUCACGGCUUAACAAAAAUAAAAUUAAAGCUUGUCUCUAUUUUGCCAGGAAACAUACUACAAAAUACUCGAGACAAAAGUAGAACUUUUUGGAAGGUGUGUGAUUGCGAUUACAUCUGCCGUAAAAGUAACACAGCAUUUCCCUAAAAUAACAUCAUACCAACAGUAAAAUAUGGUGGUGGUAGUGUGAUGAUCUGGUGCUGUUUUGCUGCUUCAGGACCUGGAAAAGUGAUAAAUGGAACCAUGAAGUCUGCUGUUUACAAAAAAAAAAAUCCUGUAGGUGAAUAUGCAGCCAUCUGUUGGUGACAACUUGGGUUCUGCAGCAGGACAAUGAUCCAAAACACACCAACAAAUCCACCUCUGAUUGGCUGAAGAAAAACAAAAUGAAGACUUUACAGUGGCCGAGCAAAGUCUUGACCUGAAUCCUAUUGAGAUGCUGUGGCGUGACCUUAAAAAGGCACCUCGUGAACCUCGGAAAAAACUCCAAAAUUGUAGCUAAAUUACAAUAAUUCUGCAAAGAUGAAUGAGCCAAAAAUGAGCCAGAAAGAGACUUAUUGCAUCUUUUAACAAACACUUGAUUGUAUUUGUUGCUGCUAAGGGUCAAGCAUCCCUACAGUCAAAAGUUAGCACCCUUUCACAACUAUAUAAAAAUAAAUGUUUUUCAAGAAUUAAAGUUGAUUAGUUGCUAGAACAGGUGAGUAGUUUGAGUGUGUGUACAGAUGUUGCUCAGUAUAAAGUAAUCUCAAUGUGUGUGUGUGUUAUGGGUGUGCCUCAGUUUGCUCGAAGACUUCCAGGGUCCCAAAGAUAAUGUUGGAAUUCAUGAGAGGAUUGCAGGGCCAGGGUUCCUUCCUGUCACCUGACUCUCAUCACUUCCCAUGUUUGGCUUCCUGCGUCGACCUCGAAGGAGAGACGCAGAUUUGAAUCAUUCGCCAUCUGUUUUAUAGUUUGGUGUCGCAGCUACAACACACACAGCUGCACUGCUCCCCAAAAUUUUUGAAAAAAUGACACCCCCCACCUCCCCAAAUGUUUUCAAAGGCAUGUGUGCAUGGACUCAGAAGAAUAAUGGCCCAUUGAAGAUGCAGGAAAAACAACUAAAAGUAAGAAAAGCGACAUGAUGCCAGGGGCCUCUUGGAUUUGGAGCAAUGAGGGGAUGCAUGCCAGGUAAUGGCUUCCAGACACAUUCUGAUUUCAAAAUUCAAUUACUGUGUGUGUGUGUGUGUGUGUAAUGCAGCCCAGAGCCCUGCAAGUACAAGCGAGGUAAAUUACACAACUGUGUGGUGCAUGUCCAUUAAAAAAAAGCCACUUAAAUUUGGACGCGAGAGGUGGCUUUUGAAGAAGAUGAAAGAAGCUGGCAGAGAGGAACAUGUAAUUAGAGGAAGGGCAGGUAAUGCCAAGUCGGAGGUCAGAAAGGUACACCCCCCCUAACUCGAUCUCCAUCACACACACACACACAAUAGGUAACUCCCCCUCCCGUGUGCUGUCAGAGUCCUCCCUCUCUUGUUAACGUUGCCACUUUUCCCUUCCAGCGGUGUAGCAAGGCUUCCAGUUUGAGGCUCAAUGCAAACUGGGGCUCUUUAUAGGAGGAGGAAACGUCUUUGAUCAACAUUGGAGCUGGUCACAAUUUGUCAUUUUGCAGCGUUCUUCCAUCCAGCCAGGAGGAGAGGAGAAGAAGGGGGACAAAGAUUUGUGUUGCAGCAGCACUCCGAAGGACCCUGGCUCCUGUAAAGAUGGCUGAUGCACUGGACUGCAGCAGCCCUCCAGAAUCAAGUACCAGCUUAUCGGUGCCAUCCUCUCCUGCCACAUCGAGGAAUGACUGCAGCAUCAUGCCCCUCACACCAUCACCCUCGCCGAGGGUGGAGGUCAGACCCAGGAUGACAUGUCCCUUCCUGGUCGUAGUGGCGAUAGACUUCGGGACAACUUCGAGUGGCUACGCUUUCAGCUUCACACAAGACUCUGAAGCCAUCCACAUGAUGAAGCGAUGGGAGGGCGGGGACCCCGGUGUAGCCAAUCAGAAGAGCCCCACGUGCCUGCUGCUGACUCCCGAUUUGCGCUUCCACAGUUUCGGGUUUGCUGCGCGAGACUUUUACCAUGACUUGGAUCCAGACGAGGCAUGGCAUUGGCUCUACUUUGAUAAAUUCAAGAUGAAGAUCCACAGUACUUGUGAUCUCACUAUGGAAACUGAGCUGGAGGCCGUCAACGGUCGGAAGGUCCGAGCUAUCGAGGUGUUCGCUCAUGCCCUGCGCUUCUUCAGGGAGCAUGCACUGAAGGAGGUGAAGGAGCAGUCCUCAUGCGUGAUGGAGGGGGAGGAGAUCCGAUGGGUGAUCACUGUGCCCGCCGUGUGGAGACAGCCUGCUAAGCAGUUUAUGAGAGAGGCUGCAUACUUGGCUGGUCUGGUGUCUCCUGACUGUCCCGAGCAGCUCCUCAUUGCUCUGGAACCAGAGGCCGCCUCCAUUUACUGUCGCAAGCUGCGCCUCCACCAGGUGAUUGACCUCAGCCUGCAGCCAAUCACAAAUGGGGUGGAUGUGAAUGGAUCACGACCCUUUGACUCCAGCUUCAGACAAGCGAGGGAGCAGUUGAGGCGAUCCAGACACAGCAGGACCUUCAUGGUGGAGAGUGGAACCGGAGAGCUCUGGUCCGAGCUGCAGACUGGUGACAAGUACAUUGUAGCAGACUGCGGCGGAGGAACAGUCGAUUUGACAGUCCAUCAAAUCGAGCAGCCUCAGGGGACUCUUAAAGAACUCUACAAGGCCUCAGGUGGUCCGUAUGGUGCUGUGGGUGUGGACCUGGCCUUUGAAGCCAUGCUCUGCCAGAUCUUUGGUGAAGACUUCAUCCAGAGCUUCAAAGAUAAGAGGCCAGCCGCCUGGGUGGACCUCACCAUUGCAUUUGAAGCCAGGUAGCGGACGGCGGCACCGGGCAGGGCCAACGCCCUCAACAUCUCCCUGCCUUUCUCAUUCAUCGACUACUAUAAGAGACACAGGGGGCAGAGCGUGGAGGCUGCGCUGAGGAGGAGCAACAUGAACAUCGUCAAGUGGUCAUCCCAGGGGAUGCUGCGACUCACCCAGGAGGCCAUGAACGAGCUCUUCCAACCCACCAUCUCUAAUAUUGUCCGACACAUCGACGAGCUGAUGUCCAAGCCGGAGGUACAGGGUGUGCGUUUCCUGUUCCUGGUGGGUGGUUUUGCAGAGUCCCCCAUGCUGCAGAGAGCAGUCCAAAAAGCACUGGGCCGCACGUGCCGCAUCAUCAUCCCACAUGAUGUUGGUCUGACCAUCCUGAAAGGGGCGGUGCUGUUUGGGUUGGACCCCACUGUGGUUCGAGUGCGUCGAUGCCCGCUGACAUACGGUGUGGGCGUCUUAAACCGCUUUGUGGAGGGACGCCACCCACGGGAGAAGCUCCUCAUCAAAGAUGAUCGUGAGUGGUGCACGGACAUCCUGGAUCGCUUUGUGUCCGUGGACCAGUCAGUGGCUUUGGGCGAGGUGGUGAGAAGAAGCUACACGCCGGCUCGCCGCGGCCAAAGAAAGAUCAUCAUCAACAUCUACUGCAGCACCACAGAUGAUGUGACGUACAUAUCGGACCCAGGGGUCAGGAAAUGCGGGAUGAUCACUUUGGACCUGCCUGAGCCUUCAACACCGGCAGGAACAUUAGGGGGAGCAGGAGGCCCAGCGAGGAGGGAGAUCAGAGCCACCAUGCAGUUUGGAGAUACAGAGAUCAAGGUUACAGCUAUGGAUGUCAUGUCCAAACGGUCUGUUAAGGCUUCCAUUGACUUCCUGUCUAACUGAAAGUACAACAACUGACAGCAUUUUACAAACAGUGAGUGUUCGAAUCAAAUCAUGAAACUUUGAAGAGUAAUACUCCACAAUACUACCUAGAAUGAGAGUCCAUGUUACCUCAUUAUAAUCCAAGUACACAGUCAGGCUGUUACCAAGCAGUCUCACAUGGCUGUGCGCCACCAAGUGGCAGAAAAAAUGAACUACAAAAAUGCAUCUUCAAGUUUUGAGCAGGAAAUGAGAUAUCAAACCGGCACCUCAGUAAUAAUGUGCCUAUGUUUAUUUGAAUUUUGGUUGAAGCCCAUCAACUUGUAUGAUCAACAUCAUGUGACACAGGACAUCCCUACAAAAUUUAGGUCCAUCCAUUUUCCUCCGCUUAUCCGGGUCGCAGCAGUCUUAGUAGGGAAACCCAGACUUCCGGUCCCCCGGCCACCUCCUCCAGCUCCACCGGGAGGACACCAAGGCGUUCCCAGGCCAGCUGUGAGACAUAAUCCCUCCAGCGUGUCCUAGGUCUGCACCGGGGCCUUUUCCUGGCUGGGCAUGCCCGGAACACCUCACCAGUGAGGCGUCCGGGAGGCAUCCGGACUAGAUGCCCGAGCCACCUCAACUGACUCCUAUCGAUGUGAAGGAGAAGCGGCUCUACUCUGAGCCCCAUCCCGGAUGACUGAGCUCCGGGAUGUCCAGCUACCCUACGGAGGAAACUCAUUUCAGCCGCCUGUAUCCGCGAUCUCACUCUUUCGGUCAUGACCUAAAGCUCAUCAAAAUUGAGGUAAUAUUCUUAAAUAUCAUAUUUAUAUACUGAUACAGCCAAAAAACAUUUUAUUUUCCAUAAUAGUAAACAUUUUAACCAAGAUCUUUUUGGGUUUCUUUGAGUGGGGCUGCUAUGGGUGUGAUUCCUGUCCAUAUGUACAAAAAACACACAAGCAGUGGUUAAGCAGACUUCUGAAUCUGUGCAUUUAUUAAGAAUGGUCCAAUAAAUAUGCGAGCAGUUAAUGAAUGUGUUCGCACUUCACAUUUCAGUGCAUUUCUUUCUGAAUUUGUCACAAUGAUUAGAAGUUAGAGAGCAGCUCCAGGCUUGCAGGAGAAGAACCGGGCCAGAGGUGGAAAAGAAUUAAUGAUAACUCGACAACGAUGGUGCCCAGUGAGUCAUAUACCAUUACAGCAAAAACUAACAGGUGAAAAAAACCUAAAUGAUGACACCUGCUGUUUGCUAUGAGUGGGUACCUACUAACUUCAGUGAUUCUAAUCCAAAAUGCUCACAUGUCUAAUAUUUAGACUUCAGCUGGGUCUUAGUGCGCAUGGGGUCUGCCGCGGCCUCUGCCCCUUCCGGCGCCGCCUGGAGGUCCAUCGACACUGCUGCGCGGGUUCUUGAUGGUCUCGUCGACUGACAGGAUGAGGCACGCCGCCUCUGAGGCUGCGGUCAGAGCGUUGAUACGAACAAUUGACGGCUCCCACACGCAGGCGUUAAAGUUGUCUGCGAUGUCCUCGUUG